GAGAAGACUCAGACUCGAGAAACUCACUUUCCUGGAAACUCACCCAGAACCUCCACCCUCUGACACCAUGGUCAGCUCCUGUUGUGGCUCUGUCUGCUCUGACCAGAGCUGUGGCCGAAGUCUCUGCCAGGAGACCUGCUGCCGCCCCAGCUGCUGCCAGACCACCUGCUGCCGGACCACCUGCUACCGCCCCAGCUGUGGUGUGUCCAGCUGCUGCCGCCCCGUCUGCUGCCAGCCCACCUGCCCUCGCCCCACCUGCUGCAUCUCUAGCUGCUCCCGCCCCUCCUGCUGUGUUUCCAGCUGUGGUUCCAGCUGCUACAGGCCGACCAGCUGCAUCUCCAGCUGCUGCAGGCCCCAGUGCUGCCAGCCUGUGUGCUGCCAGCCCACCUGCCCUCGCCCCACCUGCUGCAUCUCUAGCUGCUACCGCCCCUCCAGCUGUGGGUCCAGCUGUGGCUCCAGCUGCUGCAGGCCUACCUGCUGCAUCUCCAGCUGCAGGCCCCGGUGUUGCCAGACUGUGUGCUGCCAGCCCGUGUGCUGCCAGCCCAGCUGCCCCCGCAUCUCCAGCUGCUGCCGCCCCUCUUGCUGUGGCUCUAGCUGCUGCCGCCCGAGCUGCUGCCUGCGCCCAGUGUGCGGCCGGGUCUCCUGCCACACCACUUGCUAUCGCCCCACCUGUGUCAUCUCCACCUGCCCGCGCCCCGUGAGCUGUCCCUCCUCUUGCUGCUGAAUCUCUGCUUUGAACGUACUCCUUCCUCAUUUCCUCCCUCCCCACAAUUGCAGAGCUUUUUAACAUGUGGAGGGUUCAAAAGAAAUGAUCCCUUGAACUUCAUAAGCAAAUACCAGACAUACCGAGCCCACGUUCUAACUUCUGUCCAAACUCCCUCCCUUCUAAAUGAGAUCACUCAGAAUGUCGUAGGAAAUUACAAUAUCGCAAACACUCCUCGCUUUUUCUUUAGCACAUCUGGUUUUCAUACUUGAGGAAUUUGUCUCCAUCACUUCUGGGGCCACUGAUUUUUCUCUCUCUGACACAGAAUUCCAAUGAAGACUUUCUGAGUACUCUUUGUUAAAGAUUUUCUUAUGUCUUCUUAUUUCCAUGAACCAAAAUAAACCUCCUCCUACCAGUACUGAGAAUUGAA